AUGAAGCCCAUCGACGCCAAGAAAGACACGGUGACGAUCCGAGCGGUGAGCCACGACGAGGAGGGUCGAAAGAGAGCGGAGAAGACGGAGCUCCACACCCACAACGUCGACACAAUCAAGUACAUCGAGAAGAAGCUCGUCAACAAAGGCGUGCAGCGCCUCGAGCGCCACCCGAGAGACGGGACUGGGAUCGGGCAGCCGCCCCCGAAGUCCGGCCACGGCGGCAAGUACACGUGGGAGGGGCCUGACGACGUGGCGGAGAAUGAGAUGGACCCGGUCCCACCGGCUAUUGAUGAGGGGGACCCGAACUACGUGGACGAGGUGGCGGAGGAGAGGAUUGUGAAGGGGGAGGAUGCUGACGUGGCGGGGUUGGUGGUGGGGAAGGUUGAGGUGGCUAAGGCUGCUGAGAACAGGGAGGGGGUUGCUAGGGUUGAGGUGGUUCCUCCUCACAACCACCUCGAAACUUAG